UCAGAGGUCCAGGGAGGGACCUGGGUAGUCGGAGAAGCCGGAAACAGCGGGCUGGGGCAGCCACUGCUUACACUGAAGAGGAGGACGGGAGAGGAUUUUGUGUGUGUGUGUGUGUGUGUGUGUGUGUGACUCUGUGUGUGUGCGUGUUUUCUUUUUAGUGGUGCUGGAGGGAGGGUGCUAACAGGGCCAGCCCUGAACCCGCUGGACAGAGCUACAGACCCAUGGGGCCUGGCAGUGCCCGCUGAGAGAGGGAGAAGACAGCAGAGGGGUUGCCAAGGCGCCCUCCAAACCCCAGAUCAUGUCUCUGUGGGGUCUGGUCUCCAAAAUGCCCCCAGAAAAACUGCAGCGGCUCUAUGUCGACUUUCCCCAACACCUGCGACAUCUCCUGGGCGACUGGCUGGAGAACCAACCUUGGGAGUUCCUUGUCGGCUCAGAUGCCUUCUGCUGCAACAUGGCCAGUGCCCUGCUAUCUGCCACUGUCCAGCGCCUUCAGGCCUUGGCUGGAGAGCAGGGGGAGGGGAGUACCAUCUUGCAACACAUCAGCACCCUGGAGAGCAUAUAUCAGAGGGACCCGCUGAAGCUGGUGGCCACUUUAAGACACAUACUUCAAGGGGAGAAAAAAGCUGUUAUGGAACAGUUCCACCACCUGCCAAUGCCCUUCCACUGGAAGCAGGAGGAACUCAAGUUUAACACAAUUCUGCGGAGGCUGCAGCACCGAGUGGGGGAAACCCGCCUUCUCCGCAAAGCCCUGCAGCCCGGGGCUGAGGCCGGCCAAGUGUCUCUUCACAACUUGUUAGAAACUCCUGCCAAGGGGACUGGGCCAAGUGAGGCCCUGGCCACGUUGCUGCAGGAGACUGUUGGGGAGCUGGAGGCUGCCCAGGCCCUGGUGCUGAAGAGGAUCCAGAUUUGGAAACGGCAGCAGCAGCUGGCAGGGAAUGGCGCACCCUUUGAGGAGAGCCUGGCCCCACUGCAGGAGAGGUGUGAGAGCCUGGUGGACAUUUAUUCACAGCUGCAGCAGGAGGUGGGGGCGGCUGGUGGGGAGCUUGAGCCCAAGACCCGAGCAGCACUGAUUAGCCGGCUGGAUGAAGUCCUGCAAACUCUCGUCACCAGCUCUUUCCUAGUAGAAAAGCAGCCCCCCCAGGUACUGAAGACGCAGACCAAGUUUCAGGCUGGGGUUCGAUUCCUGCUGGGCCUGAGGUUCCUGGGGGCCCCAGCCAAGCCUCCACUGGUCAGGGCCGAUAUGGUAACCGAGAAGCAGGCCAGGGAGCUGAGCAUGCCCCAGGGGCCCGGGGCUGGAGCCGAGAGCACUGGGGAGAUCAUCAACAACGCUGUGCCCUUGGAGAAUAGCGUUCCUGGGAACUGCUGCUCUGCCCUGUUCAAGAACCUGCUUCUGAAGAAAAUCAAGCGGUGUGAGCGGAAGGGCACUGAGUCCGUCACCGAGGAGAAGUGUGCGGUGCUCUUCUCCACCAGCUUUGUGCUCGGCCCCAACAAACUCCCCAUCCAGCUCCAGGCCCUGUCUCUGCCCCUGGUGGUCAUUGUCCACGGCAACCAAGACAACAAUGCCAAAGCCACCAUCUUGUGGGACAACGCCUUCUCUGAGAUGGACCGUGUGCCCUUUGUGGUGGCUGAGAGGGUGCCCUGGGAAAAGAUGUGUGAAACUCUGAACCUCAAGUUCAUGGCUGAGGUGGGGACCAACCGGGGUUUACUCCCAGAGCACUUCCUCUUCCUGGCCCAGAAGAUCUUCAACGACAACAGCCUGAGCAUGGAGGCCUUCCAGCACCGUUCUGUGUCCUGGUCACAGUUCAACAAGGAGAUCCUGCUAGGUCGUGGCUUCACCUUUUGGCAGUGGUUUGAUGGUGUCCUGGACCUCACCAAACGCUGUCUCCGGAGCUACUGGUCAGAUCGGUUGAUCAUUGGCUUCAUCAGCAAACAGUAUGUCACUAGCCUUCUCCUCAAUGAACCUGAUGGAACCUUCCUCCUUCGCUUCAGUGACUCAGAGAUUGGGGGCAUCACCAUUGCCCACGUUAUCAGAGGCCAGGAUGGCUCCCCACAGAUAGAGAACAUCCAGCCGUUCUCUGCCAAAGACCUGUCCAUUCGCUCACUGGGGGACCGAAUCCGGGACCUUGCUCAGCUCAAAAACCUCUACCCCAAGAAACCCAAGGAUGAGGCUUUCCGGAGCCACUACAAACCUGAACAGAUGGGUAAGGAUGGCAGGGGAUAUGUCCCAGCUACGAUCAAGAUGACUGUGGAAAGGGACCAGCCUCUUCCCACCCCAGAACCCCAAAUGCCCACCAUGGUGCCCACUUAUGAUCUUGGAAUGGCCCCUGACACCUCCAUGAACAUGCAGCUCAGCCCAGAUAUGGUGUCCCAGAUGUAUCCACCACACUCUCACUCCAUCCCCUCAUAUCCAGCCAUCCCCCGGGAAGAAUCGGUCAGUGUGUUGUCAGCCUUCCAGGAACCUCACCUGCAGAUGCCCCCUAACCUGAGCCAGAUGGGCCUGCCCUUUGACCAACCUCACCCACAGGGCCUACUGCCAUGCCAGCCUCAGGAGCAUGCUGUGUCCAGCCCUGAGCCCCUGCUCUGCCCAGAUGUGACCAUGGCAGAAGAGAGUUGCCUGAGCCAGCCAGUGGGAGGGUUCCCUCAAGGCACCUGGGUUGGUGAAGACAUGUUCCCACCCUUGCUGCCUCCCACUGAACAGGACCUCACUAAGCUUCUCUUGGAGGGGCAAGGGGAGUCAGGGGGAGGGUCCCUGGGAGCCCAGCCCCUCCUGCAGCCCUCCCUCUAUGGGCAGUCUGGGAUCUCCAUGUCCCAUCUGGACCUAAGGGCUAACCCCAGUUGGUGAUCCCAGCUGGAAGGGGAACCCAGAGAGGCAGCUCUCCUGCCCCCUCGGACCUGCUCUGGACACUUGCCCAUGCUCCUGCCAAGCAGCGGAUGGGGCGGGUGUCCUCUUGUCCCCACCUACACCCUGGCCAAGAGCAAAGGACUUUGCCAGGAGAACGCACAGUGGGUGGAACCUCUCAGCUCCUUCCCUCCCACCACACACCCUUGCCCUCCCCCUUCCAAAUGCUGGAAGGGUAAUUCAGGUUCCAAGUGAGACCAGCCCCAGCAUGCCUGUACACGCGGAAAACACACAUACGGCCCUCCCUGGAGGACGGGGCUGAGCAGGAAGAGGGCUGGGCAGGAGCGCAGAUGAGGGCACAGAGGGCUUCUCCACCUGCCUGGAGCCAGGGCUCAGGACUCACACAUGUAGAAACAUGUGGACAUGUGCACACACCUGCACCAGAUGCCAGGGGUGGAGGUAUAGGCUUGGGUCCCAGCCCCGGGGGAGAUGGGAAAGCAGUUCAGGAGACACUGGGUAGGAGGAGGGAGGGUCUGUACAUUUGGUUACUGAUACAGGUUUUGCCUGGAUUAAAAGAUGAAUCCUGAACAGCUCCAAAUUUGUCAGUCAGAUGGAGGCUUCUGGACAUGUGCAUGAGAUUAUGCAGAAGUACAAAGGCUGAGUUUGUGCGUAUAGCUGUGCAAAAGUAUGUGUACUUGAGACAUGUUAAUAUAUAGAUGUCACACACGUUAGCUGUACAGCCACACAGAACAUGUACCUCUCUGAUUUUGCCUGUGUGACAACACACGUUUGAAAGUGUGAGACACUGCACAAAAGAUACCAGCAAGCAUGCUGGCCUCUCUGGUGUAUGCGAACCCAAAUGCACUCACUCAUCUUUGAGAACUGUGCCCAGAGGGGUCUUCGUGGCUGUGACAUCUGCAUAUGGCUGUAGUUUUGGUGGCUCAUCACCACCAGUCCUGCCCAGAGGCAGGGGGUGAGAGUCUGGGGUCCAGACUCAGGUGUGUGGUCCUUUGGGUGUAUCAGGGGCCCUACCCACUGCUUCUUUUCUAUUUCCCCAGCCACCGCCAGCUUCCCUCCACUCCCCUGCCCCAUGCCACCCUUUCUCCAUCUUGGGGGUCAUAGAUCCUAAGCCAUAAAAUAAAUUUUAUUCCAAAAUAACAAAAUAAAUAAUCUACUGUACACGA